ACUGCCAAAUAAAUCGUAACAGGAAUUAUGUCUGUUAUUUAUGCCUCCAAAUUCCUCCUUACUGAUUUCCCUUUUUUUUUCACCAAUCCCAGUUCCUCCCAAAUUCUCUUGCUCUUCCACGGUAAACUUUCCCGUGUCUCGCAAAUCCCCUCCAUGUUUAUGUUCCGACCAAGUCUCAAGCUUUCCAAGAAGAACCCAUCUCUCAGUUUCUUCAAAAUCACCUGAAGCGGAGGAGCUUCCGGCCCCAAAUGAUGAGUAGCUGGAUAAGCUUCCAGAUAAGAACAAGCCCUUGUACUCUCACAGCUUGCCUUGCAUUGAAGCAUGGCUCAGCAGCCUAGGAUUUUACCAGAGAAGAGAGGACCGUGCUGUUUGGAUGGUGGAAAGAUCGGAUUGGCAUGCCCAAUUAUCUCUUGAUACUACUGAUCUAUAUAUCAGGUACUUGAAGAGUGGACCUGGGAAUCUAGAAAGAGAUGUGGAAAGAAGAUUCAGCUAUGCAUUGAGCAGGGAGGAUACUGAAAAUGCAAUUCUCGGAGGACCAUAAAGGCUACUUAAUUGCUUCUGCUUAUUUCAUGUACAACUCUUCCAAAAAAAAAAAAAAUCUCCAAGCAAUUGGAUAGGGUUGAUUCUGUAACCUAAUAUGUUCAUUAACUCGUUUCUUGAACUUUAGAGAAAGUUCCAAUUUCUGCUUCUUCAUAUUAAUAAGAUCUUAAUAUGGGA